UUGUUUUGUUUCUCAUUUGCAGCACCUUUCGUGGGGAGAGGGAGAGGGAGAGGGAGAGGGAGAGGGAUGGAGGAAGCUCUGCUCGGAAACAAUGGAGGCCGAGCCGGCAACGCGGAGGAGGACAUGGAGGAGAUUAGGAGCGUGAAGCAGUUCGCCCGGGCGUGGGCGGCGGAGAACAAGCGGCUGUGGUACUUGGCCGGCCCCUCCAUCUUCACCUCCGUCUGCCGCUACUCCCUCGGCGCCACCACCCAAAUUUUUGCCGGCCACCUCACCACCCUCGAGCUCGACGCCGUGUCCACGGAGAACAUGGUCAUCGCCGGCCUCUCCUUCGGCAUCAUGAUGGGGAUGGGAAGCGCCCUGGAGACGCUCUGCGGGCAAGCCUACGGCGCGAAGCAGCACCACAUGCUCGGCGUGUACAUGCAGCGAUCCUGGCUCAUCCUCCUCGCCAUGUCCGCUUGCCUCCUCCCCAUCUAUCUCUUCGCCACCCCUCUCCUCCGCCUCUUCAAGCUGGACGACGACAUCGCCGUUGUCGCCGGCCGCUUCGCCAUCUACAUGAUCCCCCAGCUGUUCGCCUACGCCCUCAACUUCCCCAUCUCCAAGUUCCUGCAGGCGCAGAGCAAGGUCAUGCUGAUGGCCGCCGUCGCCGCCGUCGCCCUCGUCUUCCAUGUCUCCUUCACCUGGCUCCUCGUCGUCCACUUCCGCCUGGGCCUCACCGGCGCCGCCGUGUCGCUCAACCUCGCCUGGUGGAUCGUGGUGGGCUGCCAGUUCGCGUACAUCGCCAUGGGCUACUGCCCCGGCGCCUGGAACGGCUUCAGCUGGUCGGCCUUCACCGGGCUGGGAUCCUUCGCGUGGCUAUCCAUCGGAUCCGCCAUAAUGAUCUGCCUCGAGUUCUGGUACUACACGUGUCUCAUCGUCCUGGUUGGCCAUUUGAAGAAUCCUCAAAUUGCAGUCGCCGCAGUAUCCAUCUGCAACAACAUCAAUGGCUGGGAGUUAAUGGUGUUCUUCGGCUUCAACGUAGCAAUCAGCGUGAGGAUAUCGAAUGAGCUGGGAGCAGGGCGGCCGCGAGCGGCCAAGUUCUCGAUUCUCUGCGUCGUCAUGUGGUCCUUGACGCUGGGCAUCAUCUUCUUCAGCUUGGUGGUGGCUUUCAGGGACGUCUACGGAGCUCCCUUCACCAACAGCCCCGAGGUGGUUCGCGCCGUCUCCAACCUCGCCGUCAUCUUCGCCUGCACUGUCCUGUUGAACAGCGUUCAGCCGGUGCUAACUGGGGUGGCAGUUGGAGCAGGGUGGCAGUGGCUGGUGGCGUACAUUAAUAUGGGCUGUUACUAUUUGGUCGGGAUCCCAAUGGGAUGCUUGCUGGCAUUCUAUUUUGAUUUAGGGGUUAAGGGAAUGUGGAGUGGCAUGCUGACUGGAGUAUGCUUGCAGACUGCCAUUUUAAUCAGCAUCACGGCGGGAACCAAUUGGACGAUUGAGGCAAGGGAAGCAGGUUCUCGAAUAAGGAAGUGGGCAGGCGGGGAUAAUGAAACGAGGGAUAAUUCUGCAGUAACUGAGGGAUCUGAAAGGCUUUCAUAAUCAUAUUAAAUUAUGUUUCAGAGACAAUAGGUUCAUUUUGCAGAAAGAAGCUCAACAAGAUGAGCUGUUGGAAUCACAAGGUUUUCUCGUCGUUAUGUAACCAGGAGAUUUUGAUCAGAAAACAUGUAGCAGUUAUAUGUAGUUCUGAUCAGAAAACAUGAUAAUGUUAAAACUGAAUGCCAGGUUACUCUUAAAAAAAAGCAAUUAUAACUGAUCAUGUUUG